UAAUUGUGUCUUUUUAAUAAUCUUGUUUUUAAAUUCUGCUGGAAACUGCCUUGAAAUUGUUUGAAUGAAAGGCAGUAUAUAAAUUUAUCAAUCAAUCAAUCAGUCAGGAGCAUGCAAGCCCAAGGGAGCGGGUGAAGCACGCAGGUGGCAGUGGAGAGGUUAAGAGAUAGCAUUGUGACUAUUCCAGGCCUAUGUCAGAAUUGUUGAUUGCCUCUACACCCAUAAUACAGAAUAUACAGUACCCACUAACAACAACAAUGGAAGGAUGUGGAAAAACUGCACCUUCAGGUUCAUUCAAAUUUCGAAUACCAAAGAAGAAACGAAACGCACGUUCGGAUGAUAUUCAUGUUCAGUCCCCAUUGUCAAGGCUUGCAGACACCCUCAGCUGCCCAUUGCAAGAGUGGAAGCUGAGACCUAGAAAUAAGAACGUGUAUCACUCAAACUGGAAGAGGAAAAGGCAGUUAGAAAAAUGUUGCAUCAGUGAUGAAGGAUCAGCUUUUGGGCAACCCAAAGUUAUCUUGACGAAUGUCCUGAAGACGGAAAUAGGAAGAAAAUACAUAAAGACACAACUUAUAACUGAUGCUAAUUUAUCUCAUGGUGUCAAGUUGCAGUCACAUCUACAAUCUUCAUCAUCUGUUGAGAGUGUAGAGAUAUGGCAAAUAUUAAGUCCUCUUGACCAAAGCCUUUUAAUACCUAAAAGGCAACCCAAAGUUACCUUGACGAAUAUUCUGAGGACGAAAACAGGAAGAAAGUACGUGCAAAGAGACCUUUUAACUGAUGCUAAUCUAUCUGAUGCUUUCAAGUUGCAGUCAGAUGAACACACCUCCUCAUCUGUUGUCUGCCUAGAAUCAUGUCAAAAAAUAAGUUCUCAACAAAGCUGUUUUUCCCCUAAAAGGUAUGGAAGAUAUCAAAGAAGGCCAGAUGACCAUUUUCAGAAACCAUCAAAAGAUGCAGAAAGUAAUAAUUCUUCUCCAGCUCUAAAAAGAUGUGACGUGGUGCUAGAAGACUGUAGCAAAAAGAAAAAAGAAAGAGAUCAACAAGAGAAUGGGGGGAAAGAUUUCAAGAACACCUCUCCUGGUUUGAGGGAAGCAAGCUUUCAAAAUAUUGAGAGCAGAAAAAGAAGAGGAGUUGGUUGUCCGGAUCAAUGGCAUGUAAAUUCUCCACAAAAAUCACCACUGCCAAGCAAAGAACAGAAGACAGAACCAGUUCAGUCAAUGGGUUGCAGAGGCUCAAGUGAGAAUCACCAGGGUCAUAUGCACAACCAUCAGCAGGAAAACAUUCUUCAACCUAUGGAUUUGGACUGUAGUAGAACAUUUGUCACCACUAAUCAGAACACUGCUGCCAUCUGUCCAGAUGAAAACUGUUUAAACACUUCUCCCAAGAGAAAGGAGCAAUCUGCCAUCAGUAAUGACGUUCAGACUUCACCACUGGUCAGCUCUGCUGGGAAACAGAAAGUACAUACAAUUCGGCCUCUGAAGGAGCCAUUGAAUAGAUCUGAAAAGAAGAAGCAGAUGACUGAAUCAACUGAACCAAUUGUCCUUUCUAGUGAUGAAGAAGAAGGUGCUGAUGUGACAGAGAGCUAUUUCCAGACACAAAAAAGCCACAGACUUGAGAUUAAAGAAGCAGAACAAGAAUCCAAGCUACAUUUGUCAGAAGAGCUAUCGCAGAAUACAACUGAUAGCAAAACAGAGCAAGUUUCAACUGAACAACUCGACUCUUCUGCAGACCGUAGCACAUUCAAUGGACAAAUGGAUCUUGCCUUAGAUAUAAAGUUUGCCAUGGUUUAUAUUGGGAAAUAUAAAGGAACAGCAACAGGUUGCGCCAAAUUUACAACCAGGUACAUUAAGAUCCCAUUUGAAGUGGCCCUUAAUAAGAGAAAGGAACUGUCUGUGGAUUCCAUGCACUUAAAAAAGAUUGGACUGUGGACAAACUGUAAAGAUUCCUUGAGGAGUGACGCUGUCCUUUUUCUUUGGCUGUCAGAGGAACAAACUGAAAAUCAGAUAGGGACAUCUGAAUUAGAUGAGCAAGAAUUCAUCUUUAUUAAGCUGUCUCAGCUGCUCACAGAAGAGGAGCAGGCAACGUUAAACAAGAUAAUCAUGGAAGUAAGCAAGAAGAAUGCCACUCCAGAUCUCACUGACUUCUUACCUUGGGAACAAGCUGUUCAUUUGCUUAAAGAGCUAUCAUCUAAUGAAAGCUCUUUCAUGGACGACUGUUUUGCCUCAUUUCAGCAGCAGUUGCAAAAGGGCAGCACUUCUGUCUUGGUGGAGCGACCAUCUCAGGAAUCAAAAUCAAGCAUCACCAAACAUAAUUAUGCCCUGCUACUGAGGCAAAAUAGUGGUCAAUAUUCCUUUUCUAUCUCCUCUGCACAAAGGAAUGAAUGGAAAGACAUCCGAGAUAUUGGACCUGUUCGGAACUUGAUCGUUUAUCCUCCCCCACCUGCAAAAGGGGGACUGGGUGUCACAAGAGAGGAUUUGGAGUGUUUAGAGCAUGAACAAUUCCUCAAUGAUGUGAUCAUUGACUUUUAUCUUAAGUAUCUGUGGUUGGAGAGAGCCCCCAAACCUCUUGCUGACCGGUCGCACAUAUUUAGCAGUUUCUUCUAUAAAUGCCUGACUAGGACAGAAAAGAACUCUGAAGAAAACCCAAACCUUUCAAGAGCACAGAGAAGACACAAAAGAGUGAAAAGAUGGACUCGACAUAUAAAUAUUUUUAGUAAAGACUACAUUUUUGUGCCUGUGAAUGAAGAGUCUCAUUGGUACAUGGCAGUCAUUUGUUUUCCUUGGCUAGAAGAAGUUGUAUAUGAGGACUGUCCAGAUCAGAGUCCACCACAGUCACAUCUUCAACCAUCUCCACUUCCACCAGAAAUGAAAAGCGAAAUUGUUAGAACAGAAACUGUUUUGGUCUUUAAUGAUACCUGGAAUGAUAAAGAGGAACUAGAUGCAAAUAGCAAACUACCUCCUGCAGAUAAAGUUCAACAUGAACCUUUGUCUCCAGGAUUGGAAUCUAAAACAUCCAAAAGCUCUUCUAAAAUCAAGAAAGUUUGUAAAAGGCCUUGUAUUCUCAUCUUAGAUUCCCUGAAGGCCAGUUCUGUACAGAAAACAGUUCAGGUCUUGAGAGAAUAUCUUGAAGUAGAAUGGGAAACAAAACGCAAAACAUGCCGUGAGUUCAGCAAAUCAGUGGUUGUAGAUAUCUGUCCGCGAGUCCCCAAACAGAAUAACAAUAGCGAUUGUGGAGUAUAUUUACUACAAUAUGUGGAAACUUUCUUCCAGAAUCCUCUUGUUAACUUUGAGCUUCCACUGCACUUGGAGCGGUGGUUCCCUCGUCAGGUGGUAAGAAGCAAGCGUGAAGACAUUCGAAACUUGAUCUUGCAACUUCACUUGCAACAGCAGAGUGGCAGCAAAAGCUAGCUACACUCUUCUUUCCAUCUUGCAAAAGGAGAUUUUUGUUUACAACAAUUGAAAAUCCAAUCAGCAACAUUUGUUUUUCAAACUUACAAGAGGAGAAACUACAGAUAAUGUUGUUUUUCUAAGUAUAUGUGUAUUCUAGAGUUUUAUGUUAGAUAUGUAUUGCAGGCCAUUGUGGGAAAAUUGAGGUGUAUACAUUGCCAUUAUGUAAUUUAAAGUAAAUAUUUGUUAUGUUGUCUAAUUAGAUUUUUAUUUGGAAUACAGAAGCAGCAUAACAAGAAUGUGCUGGAAAGAUGGGAAAAUAUUUUAGCCCUAAGGGGUUUAUUUUCAUCCUCCAAAUACAUCGGGAACUGUGGGAACUGGGGCUGCGUAAGAGGGAGGCACUAAAGUGCCAUUUUAGAGAUGCUUCCUGUGUGAUAUUUUCAUGUUGAAAUGCUACUGCAGAUAUCAUUCUCCUGUCUAAAAUGGUAUCAUGGGGAAUUUUUAUAUCCCUAGUAGCGUUAAUGCUACUGAUAUGCUUCUAUUUCUUGGCAUAUACAGUUCUUUCUCAGAGGCUGUUCUGCAUAAAAACUUUCUAUGUCGCAUUUUUAAAUGUAAGAAAAGAACAUGGAUCCACAAUUGUACUUUAGAAAUUUAACAUGAAAGUUGGUUCUCAAUUUUUUUCUAUGUCUCACUUGACCACAUAGACCAGAUUCAGAGCCCCAAUCUGUUUUCUGCUGUGCAGCAUUCGUGUAUAGCAUAAAUACUAUGUAUUUUAAUAUAUGUUAAUAUAAGGCCAUAUGGUCUUUGCUGUAUUGGAUACAGUCGUAGCUUAUAACUGGCAAGAUGUCAUCUUGAUGCGAGUUGUUUUAAUGUUUCAGCCGUGGUGUUUAUUUCCAGGGAAAUUUUUAGGUGUAUAAUAAUGCAACAGAAUUUUAUGGAAAGAAAAACCUCCUGUUUUUAAAACAAAACAUUUAUUCAAAAGACUCAUGUUCAGAGACAUAAUGUGUGUUGAAGAGCAGAAUCCUUUUGAUUUCCCCAAAGAAAUUUCCUGUUGGUAAAUCUCUUAAUAAGAAGGUUUUUAUUGAAGUAAAAUGUUGUGCUGUGCAGUAGUCACAUAUUUAAAUCUGGAUUGGUCCAGAGUUGUUAAGCUAGAGGCACUGACAGACACCCCCCCCCAAAAAAUUUAAGUUCAUUAACGUGCUUGUUUCUCCUGUGAUCACUAACAGAAAGGAUAAGGGAAUUCUUAAAGAAGGUAUUUUUCUUUGUUCAGUAUCUAACAGGUAAAAUGUUAUCUCAUUUCUGUGUUUGAAAAGAUUUUUUUAUUCUUAAAAACAAAUCAAAAUGACCGUGUUGUAAAAUAACACAGCAUUGAUGCCUCAGACAAAGAAGUGGCAGAAGAACUAAAGUAAGUUGUGUGAGGCUAGAAAUGUGUUUUAUUUCCAGUGACUGACUGGUUUGCGAAACCAACUUAUUAAUUACAAUAAAUCAGUGCUGUUUUGCUGGUACUUCCUGACUUUGUGGACACCUAAUAGGAUGCUGCAUGCUGUGAUGAUUUACACCUUUCCCCCUACAUAGUAGUUAUUUAACAUAGGAAAAAUGUCAUGUAUGAAGAGGCCCUUAAGUCUAACUGAAGACAGAGUAUCUAGUGUCAUAGAAAGAAGAAAACGAAAUCUAGUUAAUGCUAAAUAUUUCCACUACAACUUGUAACCAGAGGUGCCUAAUAGGAUCACUCAACAUACUUUUCUGGGCUUCUGGCCAUUUCCCCUGGAUUUAGUAUUCCCACUGUUUAAAAUAUACCACCUCUUUUGCUAUUAUGUAUGGAUUAAGAGUGUCAGGGUAACUUUCAUUGGAUGUAUGUGAGUUGCACCUUGAACUAGGCUUGGUACGCAAAUAGAUGUAUAUUCUGGUUUUAAGAGCUCCGUGCUGUGAAGUUGCUUGGUGGGUCCAUCUUGCAUAUUAUUGUCUUACCUGACAUCAGAGUGAGUGCUAGAGGAUGAGAAGAAUCAUUACAACUGUAACACAGAGCACAAGGUGAUGGACCUGGUAGACCACUCCGUAGCAUGGAUAUCUUAAGCAUUCUGUGUCUCAGUGAGAGCCUGGCAACUUUGUAGUGGCCAUUAACACCUUCAUAUUUUAUUAUUGAAAAUAAUUAAGUAUGGUCACAUCAUUUAUUUUGAAUGACACAUUCUUUUACAGUGGAUUUUUAAUGAUGAUGAUGAUACAUUAUAAUAAAUAUACAUUAUAAUGUUGUCUAAUGUCCAUGAUGAAAUUCUCUGAUCUGUUUUGAUACUGCAUUUCUUUGUACGUUUUUUCAAAGUAAAAGAAGCAGCACUUUUAUUAGGAA